CGGCUGCUCCUGUUUGUUUUCCCUAAGCUUCAUGUGGAGCUCGAGGGCGAAGUUUUAGAGGAAAAAAACAGAUACGGGACUUUUUUGUGAUAAUUCAGGCGUUUAUUCAAGAUGAGCGGCUGAAAGAGAUACGCGUUUCACACUCGCUUUGAAUUUGAUCUAACGCAGUCAAGUUUUAGACCCCGGUCCAGUUAUUCACGGAUAAUAUCAGCAGGCGGGGUUUUAAACGGACAAAGAUCAUCGGACUACAGCGCGGACAUGGCUGCAGGAACAUGUGCGUGUCUGUGCUCGACUCUGCUGUUUGCUGUCGUCUUUGUGUCCGUGUCUGCAGACCAGGAAAUCUUUACAGUUUUGUCUGGACAGAACGUAAUUCUACCAUGUCAAGCUCUAAGAGAUAAAGGUUCCCUCAGAGCUGUAGCUUGGACCAAACCUGACCUACAAAAUAAAAAUGUGUAUCUGUAUCGAGAUGGGCGAUUUGAUCCCGCAGAUCAGAAUCCAUCUUUUAAGAACCGGGUGGAUCUGCAGGACAGACAGAUGAAGGAUGGAGACGUGUCUUUAAUUUUGAAGGAUGUGAUGAUUAAUGAUGCUGGAACAUACGAAUGUAGUGUUACCCAGAAAAAAGACCUCCCUUACACCACUACUAUAACUCUUGACCUGAGAGUUAUUAUUCCUAAAGGUCGGGCAGUCCUACCAGUAGGACGAAGUGUAAGUGGUUCUUUUGGACUGGCCGUUGGUCUGUAUGUUCCUGUUGUGCUUCUUGUUGUUGCUUUUGUUUUUUAGCUACAGAAAAUCUAAAGAAAACAGUCAGUGUUCAAACCAACCUCAGUUUUGUUUUGUUUUUUGUUAAUGAAAACAAGAAAACAAAAAUGAUCUGAGGUCAGACGAACAUCAAAGAUGGGGAACAUUCAGCUGCAGAUUUCAAACAUCUAAAAUUUAAACAUAUUUCACAUUUCUCUCAAACAUCUUUGUAAUAUCUGAUAACAGCUUUAUGACCUACAGUUUGAGUCCAUCUUCAGUAUUUUAAUAUGGUUUUCUCAAACCAAGUGAAACUGUAUUAUAUUACUGUAUGUUCUGCUGUAUCAGAAUUAGUGAUUUUGCUGUAGUUGAGUUUACAUUAUUUGUAAAAUAUUACAUGUGAAGAUAUAUAUAUAUGUAUGUGUGUAUAUAUAUAUAUAUAUACAUAUACAACAUGUGACAACAUGUGACAGUGUGAGUUUGGAAGAAUCACUGUGGAUUAUAGAAGGAGAUAUUAUGACAGCCACAGGACUGCUGACCUUGGUGCUUUCCUCGUCGGUUUUGUCUUUUCAUCUAUAAAAUGUGGGUAAAGUUGCAUGCUUGGGAACACCUCAUUGGUUUUGAUGGGAUUGUUGGUUUAGUCAGUUCCCUUCUCACACCAAUGACUUAGGCUGUGUGAAUAUGUAAAAAAUAUUAUCUGUCUUGACAAUAAUUUUCAGCUGGAUGGACUAGAGGGACUGUUGUCCAUUUUUGUUGAAAACUCAUACUGUGCAUGUUCCUGAUUUGUAACUGGUUUUGAAUAUGGCUUCUGAAUCCGUCCAGUUCUUACAGACUGCUGAACACUUUGUUUUUGUGGUAGUUUAGGAACACUGAUUGGAAUCACAGAUCACUUUUAGUCCAGAUGAUUUGGUUGAUGUUUGGUUUCACUUUAUAUUAAAUAAUCCCUAAUCUGCAUUAUGGUUGUUGUGCUGUUUCGUUUUUGUUUCAUGUUUUUACAUUUUAUAUACUUUUCGGUCGAGUAGUAGGCAUACACUGAUUGUCGGUGUAGAAUAUUAAAUCAUGCAGUGUGUUAUAGGGAAGUAAUUUGGUAUUUUGCCUUUUUUGGUGUUGGGUAAAAUCAGAAAUCUUUUUGUUUGUCUGUUUGUUUGCUUGCUUUUUUAUUUUGAUUACCUGAUUGGUCUUUGCUUUGGUUGUUGUUGUUGGGUAGUUUUGGGAGGGGAUGCGGGGCAAAUUGUUGCAGGAGUUGUACUCAUAGGCACUUUAGUUCAGGCACAUAAGCCUGUACCCCACUACUACCCACUCGGCUCGACAUAACUCGACUGUGCUUUUUUUUGGCCAUUUACAGCUACAACUGAGUACCCAUCAAAUGACACAACGUCAUAAUUUCUCUUAAACCAAGUCAAGCCAAGUUGAUUAGCUAACAGUGGAAACUAGGCGUUAGGCACUUCGCUUGGUUUCCAUAAAUUUCAGAUGCUAUCACCUGAAUAUUUUAAUUGAAUAAUUCAGUUAUUUCUGAACUCACUGCAGAACUCAAAAAUGAGACUCAUGUGGAGAAAAGUGAAAUGCAAAGACAAAGUUACAGCAGGCACCUUGUCCCUUGGAGCUCUGUAGCUGCUGACAGAGUUCCUCUUUAACUAGCUGGGACCAACAGCACAUGAUGGGUUUCACUCUGAGUUCUUUUAUAUUUGGUGUAGAAAUUCAGACUCGUUCCUGGUGUCUGUUACACUGAACCAAGGAGUGAAGGUGUUGGAUUUGGUGGCCUCAGGAUCAAAUGUUUUGAUGUGGACUUCAUUGAGCUAUAACCUCCAACGUUCAGUCAUGGAGUGGUUUGACCAAAUUGACUUUGGAGUGAGUGAAAUGCUAAGUUAAUGAUAGCUUGCUUGGUUAUCAAGCUGCAAUCAUACCCUGUGUAGGUGCCUUUGUGAUUUCUUAGUUUGUGCAUCCACAAUUCUCAUCGCUAUUCUUCUCGUAUGUAGUGACAGUAAAAACAUUUCCACCAGAGACACCAAUCAAUCUUACAUUGUAGCUCCUGCAGCCUCUGUGGUCCACAGAUAUUUUAGCCUCUGAGAUGACACGUAACAGAAACAGAAGCACAAGAUACCUGCUUAUGGUUAGCCAUCUAAAAAGUAUUAUAUAAAGUUUGAUAUACUCUGUAUUCAGUUUUAGUUGAUUUGUCUUUUUGCAGCACCAAAUCACAUAAGGAGUCAUUCAAAGAGUCAUGUUAGCUCAGCAGGAUGUGGUUGUGAAACACAUGAGUGCCAUGUUGUGUCUCAUUUCACAUGUCUCUGUUAGUUCCUCUUUCCAAGUUUUUUUAACUAGUUGCAAAAAAUUCCCCUUCUUAAAAAAGGGGGAAGAACAGCUAGGUGACAGCUAUUAACUUUGGACUAUUUUUUAACUUCAGAAAACAUAAUUAAUCCACCGUCAGCCAAAUGUUACUCAACCUAAAAAUAUUUGCUUGACAGAUGUUUUUCACUAAUAGUAACAAAAAGAAAUAUAUAUAUAUAUAUAUAUAUAUAUACACACACACACAGAGUGAGGUCAAUAAGUAUUUCAUCACCCUGUGAUUUUGCAAGUUCUCUUACUUAGAAAUCAUGAAGGGGUCUACAAUUUUUAGCAUAGGUGCAUUUCCACUGUGAGAGACAGAAUCUAAACAGAAAAAUUCGGAAAUCACAUUGUAUGAUUUUUGAGCAAUUCAUUUGUGAAUUACUGUGUCAACUAAGUAUUUUAUUACUUGCUUAUCAGCCAGAUUUCUGACCCUCAAAGACCUGUUAUUUUGCUUUCAAAUAGCCCAGCUACACUCUGCUCAUGAUUCUAAAUUAGUAGCACCUGUUUGAGGUCGUUAGCUAUCAUAAAGACACCUGUGGACCCCACAAUCAGCCAAAGUCUAAGUAGCAAAACCAAAGAGCUGUCAAAAGACACAAGAGACAAAACUGUAGACCUUCAGCUGGAAAGGGCUACAGGGGCAAUUGCCAACAGCUUGGUGAAAAAAGAACAACUAUUGGAGCAAUUGUCAGGAAAUGGAAGAGGCUAAUGAUGACUGUCAAUGUCCCUCGGACUGGGGCCCCACGGAAGAUCUCUCCUCGUGGGGUUUCAAUGAUGCUAAGAAUGGUGAAGAAUAAGCCCAGAACUACAUGGGAGUCCCAUGAAGAGAGCUGGGACCAUAGUUUCCAAGGCUACUAUCAGUAAUACACUAAGACGUCAUGGUUUAAAAUCUUGCAUCGCACGGAAGGUUCCCCUGCUUAAGCCAGCCCAUGUCCAGGCCCGUCUGAAGUUUGCCAAGGAUCAUCUGGAUGAUCCAGAGGAGUCAUGGGAGAAAGUCCUGUGGUCAGAUGUAUAUGUGUGUAUAUAUAUAAUAUAUAUAUAAAAUGUUUUUUCUAUAUUCUGUUUUCUUUUUACAUCAUAUUUUCUUUUGGUUUAAUAAAUGUUGAAUGUCUACAUUUCCAACGAAGAAUGAAAAUGUUGUGUUGAUAACCUGGCACUGUUUUGGGGUCUUGAUUGGUCUCAGAUGGAUAUUCUAUGUCUCAGUCUAACAGCUAUAAUAUAACUACGUUUUGUAUAUAAGGGUUUAGAUUGUUUUUAUAAUGUGGUUUGUGUAUGUUGUUCAUUGUGUUGCUCAUAUAUUGUGUUUUUACAUUCUUGUGCUUGAGAGACACCAUCGACUGGAACCAAAUUCCUCGUGUGUGUUUUCACAUAUUACUUGGCCAAUAAAUGUGAUUCUGAUUCUGA